UUUUUUUUUCUGGGCACCCAACUCUUAGUACCUAAACUUGGUUUGCGUCCUCUGACACUCCCAGAAGAUGCUACAAGAAAAGGGUAUUGACAAGGCUCGGGGCAUUUUACUUUUCUCUUGGCUCCAGAGCAAGUCACGUCUCUUACACCUAGCAGAACUCCCUAACAUCUGUCAUGAUCCCUCCCGCCGUUCUUCCCUUCCUUCAUUUAUUUUUAAUGGAGUCUCAUUAGCUCAGGCUGGCCUCAGAGCCACUGUGCAGCUGCGGAUGAACUUGGACUCUCAAUCCCCCUGCCUCCACUUCCUGACUGCUAGGCCGCUGCAGGCUGCAGAAGAUGUCAAUGUUACUUUCGAAGAUCAACAAAAAAUAAACAAAUUUGCUCGAAAUACGAGUCGGAUCACAGAGCUAAAGGAGGAAAUAGAAGUGAAGAAGCCCUACAGACAGACGCAGGGACAUGAGCUGCUGCUGCAUGUCCUAUGACUCGAGGCCGGUGUUCGGCUUUUCGUGUACUCUGAGAGGCUCCAGUCCCAGUGCACUCAUUGGUUUUCAUCAAGCAAGACCGAGAGGUGUAUCGUCUGGUGUUUUGGUUUAUAUCUGUGGGAUGAUAGGAUUUGCAGUGUGGGGAAUUUUUUUUUUAAGAUUUAUUUAUUUAUUAUGUAUACAACAUUCCUUCCACCAGAUCUCAUUAUAGACGGCUAUGAGCCACCAUGUGGUUGCUGGGAAUUGAACUCAGGACCUCUGGAAGAGCAGUCAGUGCUCUUAACCUCUGAGCCAUCUCUCCAGCCCCCAGUGUGGGGAAUUGUUAAACAGAAGGGGGUGGUCAUGGUCCCUACUGACCACCACAGAGAAAUAAGAGCCUUGGGACAUUCUAGAGCUACCCGGAAGAUGCUGUGCUGGCUCCUGAGCGAGUCCAUGGACGCAUCUCCAUGUCUGACAGUAGCUAGGAUGCUGGUCCCUCAGAGAGCCUAUGUCCCUGCAUUACUCUACUCUUGGUUCCAUCAGGAAAUCUUGACCGUGUUUCCAUGGCUGUUCUCUUGC